AAUCACUUCAACGGAUGGGGAACGAAGGACACAGCGGAAGUGAAUCUAUGCCAUCUUUGGGUGAUGCUGCACCACAAACAUGGGGAGCUGGGCCGAGCGUGACACAGCAUGAUAAAGUCGGAAUUCAGCCACCGCAGCAACAACUAAAGAGAAAACCUGGGGAAAUUGGGGAACCAGGUCUGCGUGACAGAAAAAAACGCAGCGAUAAAGCAUAUAGGGAAAAAAUGAAGCAAGAAAAACUGACAAUCAAGGACGAGCUGGCUAAACUCACCGCUAAAUGUGAACAGUUGGAGGCCAAUCUGAAGGGUAUUACAGAUGAAAAGCAGAAAUUGGAACUUCUGGCUGAAAACCAGCGACUGAGACUUGAAAAACAGCAUUCGGACGAAAUAAGAAGCCUUGAAAAACAGCAUUCUGAUGAAAUAAUAAGACUUGGAAAAGAGCAUUUUAACGAAAUAAGGAGCCUUCAAAAACAGCUAUCAGACGCCAUUGUGAAGAAGGAACAGUCAGAUUAUGAAAUUAAAUCUCUUAGAAGAGAGCUGGACGAGGAAAAGAAAAAGGUGCUAGAACUCUCUGCGUUUAACAACUGGAAGACGGAAGUAUCGGUGAGUCUGCUCUAAUUGUUGAAAAAUAUUGAAAAUUUAUGUGUUCUUUUUUUGCAUUGCAUGACUGUCGGAUAAGCCAAAUCCUCCAUGUACGUACUAUUCAUAAAUUGUUGCUUGACCUUUUCUUUCUUAAACUAAGGCAGCGAAUCUUGACGCGUCGAUGCAAGCCGUUUCAGAUUUUCUCCUCGAGUCCUCUCCAAUCAGGGGAAACGCUUCGCAGUCCUGAUUCCUCUUCAACUAGGUUUUUCUUCGAAAAAGAACUGGAGAGCACUGAUGUGAGGGAAAAGUUGAUAAUCCCAGCCCAAUUCAUGACGGACUUGCCAACAAUGCGAACUUUGCGCUUCCGACCAAGCCAUUUUGAGCCUCCGAGAUACAGGGAUAAUGUGUUCAAAUGGAUGGACACAGCUGAGAGUGUCUGGAAAUUCGUUUUCUAUAUUCGAAAGAACGGCAGUCCGUUUCCAGUUUUCAAAGUGGCUAUCAGGUUGUUUUAUAUGAGUGUUGCGGUACCAUUACGGAAGUGAAGCCAGAGUCACAAGAUUCAUUCCCAUAUUCCGCCUAGAUCUAUUUGUCAAAUCAGCCUAGGCCUAGUUAUGAGGAUGGAAAUUCACUAAGAUGUGAAAGAUUAGCUUUGUUCUAAUAAUAAAUGGAAAAGGGCUCCUAGUCUCAUUUGUAAGCGGAGUCCAAUCCAUAAUUAGUUACUGUUUUCUUAGGAAAAUGUUGUUGCUCGUAAAUGUUCUUGUGAAAAUCUUGCAGCCAACUUGAAGGAUGUUCUGUUUUCUCCUUGUUGCCAAUACAAGUUCUUUAGAGUC